UCUCGGCCACGGAGAACAUGGGAACUAUCUAGCAAAAGCCCUCAUUAAUAAUAAAUAAAUGGAUGCAGUGUGAUUUAUCGAUGGGUGUGUUAGAAGAACCGAAGGGGCACGGUGGAAUAGUAACCCAAUAAUGUGAAUCUUGUGCCCCUUCCGAAUGCGAACGGCAUAUAUAGACGAAGCGAACACAAUGAUUUUUUAUUCACGAGGCUUGAUCGACGUGAGUGCCAGUCAACAAGAAUGUUUCGUGAGCUCACCAGUUUGUUAGUUCUAUAGAUUUUUGUGUUUGAUGCAGGGGUGGAUAACUUGCAAGAUUUAUGGAGAAGAGACAGAAACUAGAAUUCUAGAAACUGAGAAGCUAAAAGUCUACGUCAUUCUUUGUUGGGAGAGAAGAAUUAUUUUAAAUAAAAAUUGUUAACAUCAUAUUUUAUUAACUUAUAACUUAUUAUCAAAAUGUCUUACUACCAAGCACGGAAUCAACGAUUCAGCUGGAUUUUAAAAACCUUUCUGCUGUGUCUUGUUUUGGUCUCAUCCCACGAAACUGUGCCCCCGAAUUAUCAGGAUACACCAGGUGCAUCAACCCUGAAAGUAGAAGCCAGAGAAUCCGAGGCAUCGAUAACUCUAGGGAAGGAUCUAAUCCUCGGUCCUCCCUUGUCGACCAAAGCUUCGAUCGACUCCAACGACAUCGUUUCUACAAAAGUUACUCCCCUCGUAUCUCCCACGAUCGCCAGUCGACAUUCGUCUUCUGGAGAACAAGCCGUUUCACGGAAACCAAUUUUGAAAAAUACGGAUUCUCGUGGUUCUCAUGUCGACAGUCGCAAGUCUUGGGUCAGCAAAAAUCCGAAGACUGCUUGGAAAAGGGACAGUUACCUUCAGGCAUUGAUGCACUCUCACAAUAGCGACGACCCGCGAGAAGGAAUCGUGCAGACGGACUCAAAGACAAAGACAAACAGGAGAGAGUACGUGCAAGGGUCCAGUUACAAGCCAGAAACGGAGUACAAUUCGCCCGAUUCAAUAUACGCAUCGAAGAGUCCGCGAAUCACCUACAGCGGACCUAAUUCUCCUUCGCCUACCGAUCCUUAUUCUCAACCCUUCAGACCAUCGGUAGAUAACGAUCGUUAUAACGGACCGCAGAAUUCUUAUGGCCCGCCACAAAAUUCGUAUGGACCACCGAGUGAUGGUCCGUCAUUUUAUCCUCAAACUUCUUCGUAUGGACCAAACUUUUUAUCUUCCCAACAAGGAUAUGGGCCUUCUAUACAUACUUCCGUUCCAACUCCGAUUUAUGGAGCACCUUACGCGCUUCCGGAUGUGACUCACGUUUCCCUUUUGCCGAGUAUCGAUCUAGGAUUGCCGCUCGCUCUCAAACUAAAUGCAUUUACCAUCGCGAAAAUCAUAUUAAAGUUGGUGAUUUUUAAAAUGAUCGUGAAAUUUAUCGCCGUAAUCUGCUUAUUGCUCUUUAUACCUAAACUUGAGAUUGUCAAGAAGGUCUCUAAUAAUAAAGACGAUGACGACGAAGAACGAAAUUUUUCAUCGCCCUAUGCAAGCUUGGAAAAGCUAAACGGUCUCGAAAAUAUAGUAAAAAGCUCUGUUGAGAAGUAUGAAGCACAAAACAAUGCUCGUUCAAAUUCGACGGAGAAAUGCACGACACUUGGGUGUCGCGUCACCGAAGCAUUUACAUUCCAUGAAUCUUGGCACGACUACUUAAAUUUAUUCAAGAGUUACGUAGAGGAAGAGAGGAAGAGAGGCGUUCUCACGGAGCAAAAAGAACAAGCGCUGUCGAACUCAUUUCGUAAUCAACAGUCAGAACGACAUGAUUAGAGAAGAUUACAGGAAUGAUAUUUCCUUUCAUGAUAGUACUAUGAUAGUACUAUGAUUAUUCGGUGCCAUCGUGUGCCAAGUAGCAAGGUGGGGAUAGAUUUAACCGUCAUACUUAGCUUAUAAACGUAGCAUGAUGAUACGAUAUGCCAGUUCUCUCGUGACAGCCAUUCACCGUGCGUAGAACUACUGAUUUUCAUUGACUUUUAACUGAGCCGUCA